AUGGCCGACGAACAAAGAUUGCCUCAACUACAUUCAAGGAGAGCCACCAUGAUGGAUGCGUUGGGUCGGGCUGAGGCUUUUCUGGAAAAUUAUGAUGAGCACCGGGAUGCGGCACAAGUGCCAUUGAGGCUUGAGUAUCUUAACAAUAUGUGGACUACCCUGGAGGAAAUUCAAGCUCAACUGGAAGAUGAAACUACCGACGAAGGAGGUAAGGCGCAACAUGCAUCCAUUCGUGUCAAUUUCGAGCCAAGGCUGUUUACAAUAAAAGCUUCGUUUCUUACUAAAUUUACUCCGCUUCCUACCACUAGUAGCCCUCAAACUUCCGCUCUCUCUGGUAUCAAACUUCCUACCAUUUCGCUUCCGGAGUUCGAUGGAAAUUAUGAACAGUGGCUUACUUUCCAUGAUACCUUCUUAGCACUGAUCCACAAUAAUGCUGACGUUCCGCCAGUUCAAAAAUUUCACUACUUGAAAGCCGCCGUCAAGGGGGAGGCUGCCUCUCUGAUUGAGUCCAUCGCCAUUUGUUCUGCCAACUACUCUCUGGCUUGGGAAACACUCGAAGGACGGUACUCAAAUGAUUAUCUUUUGAAAAAGCGACAUUUUCAAGCACUUUUCGACGUCCCACGUAUGAAAAAAGAAAACGCAGCUACCUUACAUGGAUUAGUAGAUGAAUUCGAGCGACACACGAAAAUUCUGCAUCAACUAGGAGAACCAACAGGCUCAUGA